AUGAAAAACACCAGUGAAUGGUCUCUACGUCUUGGUUUAUUCGCUAGAAGAGCCCAACUUGGAUUUUAUUAUUUCGAAAUUACCCAACCAUAUGUUCCACGACCUUUGCAUUUCAGUGAAAUUCUCAGCUCGUGCUUAAAAUGUGAUGAGAAUAUAAGAAUUUCCUUUUGCCUUUUCCAAAAUUAUACUGAAGUGGAACAGAAAGAAAAACUUCUUAUAAAAUUAUCACCCUUUUUUUUCUUGAAAUCUGAGUAA